AUGGCGAGUUCCAAACCGUGUAUAGCAGCCAAUAAUUUCCGCAGCGACACUUUCACCACCCCCACUCCAGCAAUGCUGGAUGCUCUGGUGAAUGCUACAUUCGGUGACGAUGCAACCACGGGCAAUCAAAUUGGGGUUCGAGUUCACCUCGACCAGCCUCCACACUCGCACACUCGAUUUUGUUGCGAUUAUCGCGCUCACGUCUAUGCUGAAGAGGGAUCGGGAUUGGCAAUAUUGUGGCAAGCCAUGGUGACGCCUGUCAACCCUGCAAACGGAAUCUGCUUGACCAUUGCCGACGUGAAACGGUGGGUAGUAUUGGAUGACGAUGUGCAUGUUGCGCCUCAACCGAGCACAUACCUCGAAUGA